CCUUCCUUUCCUUCUUUCAUCUCCUUCCUCGAUCUCCGCACAAAACCAACAUUUCCUCACAUCUUAUUCACAUGAUUCUUUCUUUCCUUUCUCCUCCCUUUUCCUUCCUCCCACGUCUUUUGAUUCUCUCAUCAUCCAUUCCUUUUUGAGCAGAAUCAUUUUUACUUUACGUCAAGACAUGUAGAUGAUAGCUACGCAGAAACAACCAUUUCUCUUCCCCCUUUUGCCAUUUCUCUGCUGGUUGUGCUGCUCCGUCUCCGUCUAGUCCUUCUCUUGCUUCUUGCAUUAUUGUAACGCGUUUUUUAUGUAGAUUCGUGCUCUGCUAGUGCCACAUUGUGCAUUUAUUUUAUUUUUAUUAUUACAAGUUGUAGAGCUUCUUUUUUUUUUUUUUUUGGUAUUUGCUUCAUGAAUUUUCUGGGGCCUUUGGGAUUCUGCUUUGUGGAGUUUUUGUGGAAAGGAUGACUUGAGCGUCCUUGGAGUUGCAGGGUUUUGUUCAGCAAAGGAUUUUCUUUUGGGAUUGUUUUGCUGUUUCAGUGUUGUGUUGUUGGGUGGAGCCGUGGAGAAAUGAAUGAAACGGCGGGGAAGACAGCGUCAUGUUUGGCUGUAACGGAGAAGAAGGCUCAUAGGCCAGGUGGGUGUGUCGGCAUUUUCUUUAAGCUUUUUGAUUGGAACCGAAGAUUUGCAAAGAAGAAGAUCUUCUCUAGGAAAUUACUUCCUCCAGUUCGUGCAAAAGCUUCAAAGAAGUUUGAAGGAGAUGAGAAGAUGCCCAAAUCCAAACCUCAUUUGAUUGCUGACGAGAACAGUGGGGGUUUCCCAAAUGUGAGAAAGAAUGGUAAGCAUGGUGGUGGAGAUUCGGAGCAAAAGCAUGAGACGCGAGCUCCGAGUUUGGUUGCUAGGUUAAUGGGCCUUGAAUCUAUGCCGGCUGUGCAUAGAGAUAAAUCUAAGAAAGCUACAAUACCUGGUGAUGAUGCUAGGGUUGAGAAUUUGGUUAGUAGUCCGGCCAGGUAUGAAGGGGAUGAUUUGAUGUUGGAGAAAGAAAACGCAAAAGUUGAACCAAGGCCUCAGAAGAUGCAGAAGACUGGGCAAUUGGAGAGGCAUGCAGUGACUAGGUUUGGUGCAGAGGCAUUGCAAAUUAAGGGUGUUUUUUCACGUUCAAGGAAGCAUCAUCAUAGUCCAAAACUUGCUGCUCCUGUCAAAAGUCCAAGGAUUUCAUCUGCAAGGAAUGCAGCUAGGACCUCUAGGCUGAUUGAUGCUGCUACUAAAAUUUUGGAGCCUGGAUUGCAGGCUACUAACAAGGCAAAAUGUGCCCUUACUUACUCAAGCUUGACCCCUUAUGUUGCUAAUAAUGGGGUUAGGGGUGAUGGAAUGGAGCCUGUCCCCUCAGCUGUAUUGAAACAAUCUGGUUAUAACAUGAGCUCAGGUAAUUCUUUGAUGGGGCAGAUGUCUUGCAAGACUUGUGGUAAUUUGCUUGAGGAUGUCGGCACCAGACCAAAUUUGGAGGACCAGCAGCAUGUUUGUCCACAAUUUUCAUUGGAUUUAGUUGAUGCCUAUCCCCAGGAAUUGCAGAAGGGUAAGCCACGGCCAGUUGUACCCUCUAUUGACCACGGUAGAGGUGCAACUUUUCAGAGAAGUCAAGAGUGGUCAGAAUCUGUUGCUUCCAAAGAAGUGGACAGUUUACAAACUAGCAGUGAAUCCAAUGUAGAUGGGAAAACUCUACCCCAAGAGGGUCAAAAUCAGUGGCCUCUAUCAAGUCAUCAGAGCAAUUGUCAAAGGGAUGAACAAUUUCCUGUUGCUUUCAAACACCAGACAGAAACACCAAAUCAUAUUGCAUUGGGCAGGGAUAAGGUUUUCCCAAGUCCUAAAUUUAGUAAUGUUCGAGGGAGGAGGGCCUCUUCUGUUGCAGAUAGUGUUGGUGGGACAAAGAAUUUUGUCGCUAUGAACAAAAGUGUAAGAAAUCAUACUAAACGGUCUAAACCAAAGGUGGCAACCAAAGUAGAAGAUUCCCUUUUUGACACAGAUAAAAGGUCUUGUAACCAAAAAGAUGAUUCUUCGUCACAGCCAAGAAGUUCAGUUCGGAAGAGGAGAACAAGUAUGAAUGGUCAAGCAGAUAGUUCAGGUUUUGCAACUUCAGCAUAUGGAAGACAGAGUAAUGCAAGGUGUAAUGCAACGACUGGAAAUGGAACAGGGACUGGUACUUCCUUGACAAACAGGGUAUGUCUCAAGACCAGAUUAGCCAGCAAGGGUGCAGAUACUGGUACGAAUGGCAAUAAGGAUACUGGUGUUAUUUCAUUUACAUUUAAUUCUCCCCUGAGGCAAAAGACCAGGAAUUUCAUGGAAAAAGAGGGUGAAGGAUGUGAUCAACAUGACAUUAUUCAUAGCCAUGAUUCCUACCAGAGAAAGCUGAUAUCAGAUGAAAAUAAUGCAAAGGCAAUUUUGCAGGAACCUAUCAAGACAUUGACAGGAGAUCAUUUAAGUAUUCUUUUAGAGCAAAAAUUGAAGGAGUUAACCUAUCAAGAAGAGGAUGACUUGACAACAGGAAGUACUCUACCAAAGAGAUCAACUGCAAUGAUCCUCCAAGACCUCAUCACUGCUUUAACUGCUCCUCAGGAUGUUCCUCUAACCAGUCCAGAUCCAGGUUUCAAGUCCCAAGCCAUGGCGGAAGGAAUUUCAGUCGGAUUUUCAUGCUAUGGUGAUCAUCUUAGCCCAGGUUCUGUUCUUGAAGCUUCAUUUUCAAAUGACAGCUGUGUUUCCAGUAGCCUGGAUGAUAGCUCAGGUUACAGGCUCCAUCUUGACUCUAUGGAUUACUCAAAUAACUAUCCACAGCCAACAGAUCCCGAUGUAGACCUUGUUCAUUCUGCAACUACUCUGGACAAAGGGAUGGCUGUUAGUGGCAUGGUGAUUGAUCUUCUAAACAAAAUUUCUAGGACAUUGUGUAGCAUCAACCAUGCUGGUCUUAGAUUAUCUGGAAAAAAGCUUAUCUAUGUAAAGGAGGUCAUCUUAAAUGCAGAACUAUUGUUUGGAAAUCUGCCUCUUUUUGAUUCAGAUUGCAAGGAAGAUUUGCUCUUAGGUCCGUUUCUACAUGAGGAAAUGGAACCACCAUCUGAAGCCAAAUGGACAGAAUUCAGUUCCCUUCUUGGUUUUGAGAAGAGCAAAGACAAUAAUCAGCUCAAGGGAUUUCUUUUUGACUGUGCAGUUGAAUGUCUAGAUACUAGAUAUGGCCGAUACUGCAACCUUGGAUUCAAAGCUUGGAGAAGUCUGCCAUUACACACGAACUCAAAGAUGUUAACGCCAGAGAUUGAGGAAGAGAUUAGAAGGUGGACACAGUUUGUUGGAAUGGUCCCGGAUGAGUUAAUUGAGUGGGAGAUGAGUCAUUCUCUGGGAAAAUGGACAGAUUUUGAUAUUGAAGCGUUUGAAACAGGUAUAGAGAUUGACUCACACAUAUUGCAAAUUUUGCUGGAGGAAGUAGCAGUUGAUCUUUGGGAGGGCUAGCCACUUUCCAGUGGAUUGCAUUCAGGCCCUGAGAAUUUCCUAGCUUAUUUUUGCAAAUCAUGCUAACUUGCCACGGCAGUUUAUCCUCCUUAUCCAAGAAAGGUCUAGUGAGUGCUUCUUUUUUUUUCUUUGUACAAAUGGAUGGUUGGUAUAAUGGUAUUUGCUUCCAGGGGCUAUUGAAUUUUGUAGAUGAGCAUUGUAACUAAUCAGUCCUUCGUCAGUAGCCUGAAAUGAUGUUUACAUAUUAUUAAUGGUAACCCAAAAAAGUUGAGACGUGAAA